AUGGCUCUACUAGUAGUUGGGCGCAAUCACCAAGCAGUUCACUUAGCAGAGGAUCAUCAGAAGGCGCUUAAGCAACUAAAACUGCAGAAAGACGACUCUGGAAUAUUCCGUUGUCGAGGUCGCAUGGACAACUCCAUCCUGCCAUACCAAGCUCGACAGCCGAUCUUCAUAGUUGCCAAGAGCGAUCUAACGAAAGCGAUAGUGAAGGAAUCACACAGUCCAAUACAUUGCAGUACUGCGCAUACCAUGGCAAACGUGAGGAAAUACUACUGGAUUCCCAAACUUCGACAGCUAGUGCAACAAGUCAUCAGGAGAUGCGUUCCGUGUCAGAAAAUGAACAACCUUUCGUUCAAGUAUCCGGAGAUGGAGGACCUCCCUGAUCGACGCGUACAAAGAGCACGGCCAUUCGAGCACGUUGGCAUCGACUAUUUUGGUGUUCUCACGGUAAAAGAGCGCGAUGUAACCGUCAAAGACUAUGGUAUUAUCAUGACGUGCACAGUGGUAAGGCUUCUCCACUUGGAACUCGUGUCAGAUAUGACUACUGCUAACCUGCUAAACGCUUUACGACGGUUCUUUGCUAGGAGAGGUGUCCCAACCUCGAUCACUUCGGACAACGGGCCUUAUUUUCUUCUAGGAGAGCAGAUUCUCCAGGAUGCUGUACUGCCGGUCAUCAACGACAAAUCCUUUGCCAACGCAAUGGCUACAAAAGGAAUCACGUGGAAAACAAUCACGCCGUACGCUCCGUGGCAGGGAGCUUUCUAUGAACGUUUGAUCAAAUCUGUUAAACAUUCCCUUUACAAAGUCAUUCAAGGAAGGGUCCUAACGAAGUCAGAAAUGGAAAUCUUGCUGAUUGAGAUUAAAGGCAGUCUCAAUACAAGACCACUGUCAUAUCAGGAACAGCAUUGGGAUGAAACUCCGAUUUUGCGACCGAUCGACUUCAUGAACGUGACAUGGUGA